AUGAAUGCCAUCGUCCCAACACCUCCGGAAAUCAGAGGGAGGACCUUGGAGUCCAGCACUCUUCAGGUGACUCCCAGCAGCCUGGACAGAGAUAAAGACCAGAACAGCAGCAUCUUUUCUGGGUUUGCGGGACUCCUCGUCAUCCUCCUGGUCAUCGUGGGUCUCUGCAUCCUGUGGAAAUGGAACAAACGGAAGAAGCGACAAGUGCCUUACCUCCGAGUUACCGCCAUGCGCUCACUGACUCUGCCACGACCCAGACAACGAAUCAAAAAUAUUUAUGACAUCUUGCCCCGGCGGCAAGAAGAGCUGGGGAGACAUCAGUCAAGGAGUAUCCGUGUUUUCAGUACUGAGAGCCUGCUCUCCAGAAAUUCAGACAGCCCUGAGCACAUGCCCUUCCAAGCAGGCAGUGCCCUCCAGGUACACAGUGUCCAUAUCCAUGCCGUGGAGUAUGCAGUGGGUAUCUAUGACAAUGCCAUGGUGUCCCAGAUAUGUGGAAACCUCACUUCCUUGGCACGUGGCAUCAAUGUCAGAGCUUCCAGAGACUCCAUGAGCAUUUCUUCAGAAGAUUCACAUGAUUACGUCAAUGUCCCCGUAGCAGAAGACAUCGCUGAGACCCUAGCUUCAACCAACAGCCCUCCUGGAAAGCCCUUUGUUCUUCCAAGUGUCCAGGAACCAGAGGUUACUGAGGAAAGAGAUGUGGGCUGUGGGGAUGCCAGUGACUGUACCAGCUUUUGGUCUCCAGGAGCUGAGGGCAGUGAUCCACUCAGCGAUGGGGAAGGCUCUUCUCAGGCCUCAAAUGACUAUGUCAACAUGGCUGGGUUGGAUCUCGAGGUCAUCCAGGAGAAGCAGCCCUGGGUGGCUUUUCAAUGCUGCAGAGACUAUGAAAAUGUACCACCAGCAGAUCCUAAUGGAAGCCAGCAGCAGGCUGAGGAAGAAGUGACAGCCUCAAACACAAGCUGUGUCGAGGGCAGGAUAGAUGGUCCAGGGACCCGCAUCCAACCUGUAACAAGGAGACUCCUGUCUUCAGGGAAGUAUGUGGCCUUUCAGCCAUCCACACAGAGUGAGAAUGGUCAGGUGAAAAGUGGAGAAGAGAUGUCAGAUGAGGAUUCUAAUGACUAUGAGAAUGUGCUGGCUGCCAAGUUAGGAGGUAGGGACUCUGAGCAGAGGCAUGGCACUCAGCUCCUUCCUGAUGAAUUAAGACUCAGUCACCUGGCUGAAAAGCCACAUGCAGUGGUCUACCAUGCCGAAUCCUUAGCCCCUGCGGAAUCAAGUGAAGACCCAUGA